AUGGGAGACAGUGAAUGUGAAGAAGGCCCCUUCCAUCCAAAGGCUAAAAGAAUAAGUGGAAGCAAGAAUGACUCCAUCACUAGGACUCCCAUAAACAGAAGUUCCCUGCAGUUCUUCGUGUUCUGCCAAGGGUUCCUGCAGCUCACGCAACUGAUGACAUCUGGCUACAUGAAAAGUUCCAUUUCAACCAUUGAGAAGCGUUUUGGUCUGCCCAGCCAGACUUCUGGCUUGCUGGCCUCUUUCCAUGAGGUUGGAAACACAAUGCUAAUCAUCUUUGUGAGUUAUUUUGGGAGUCAACUUCACAGGCCCCGUAUCAUUGGCUGUGGUGCCAUCCUCGUUUCCCUGGCAGGGUUGGUCAUUUCUCUUCCUCAUUUCGUUUCAGGACCUUAUGAUUACGAUUACUCCAUGUCUGGUUCCUUAGGGAACACGUCAGAUAUCUGUCUCCCCCACCGGGAAACCCCCAUUACAGAGGUCUGCACAGACAACCAGAGGGAAAGCAAAGUGGUCCUGAUGCUGCUCUUCUUCGGACAGACCUUGCUGGGAAUUGGGGGGGUGCCCAUCCAGCCCUUUGGCAUCUCCUACAUAGAUGACUUUUCCAGUGCAUCCAACUCGCCUCUCUAUAUAGGAUUCCUUUUUGCUGCAACUACACUUGGUCCCGCAAUAGCAUUCAUCCUGGGAUCGGUUACACUACGCUUUUAUGUCGAUAUUGACAAAGUUUCUGCAAUGGAAAUUCACAUCACCAACAAGGAUCCACGAUGGGUUGGUGCCUGGUGGCUUGGUUUCAUUUUUGCAGCCAGCAUGGUGGCCAUUGCCUCAGUUCCUUAUUUCUUCUUCCCAAGAGAAAUGCCAAAAGAGGUAAGAAUCUGUCAGAGAAGCAUUGCAGAUAUGACUAAGGAAGAAGUAAAGGAGGAGCUUAAAAAUAAACCCCAGGAUGACAUCACUCUGUUCCAGUUCAUCAAAAUGUUUCCACUGGCUUUGCUGAGAAAUCUCAAGAAUCCAGUCUUUGUCGUGGUCAUCUUGGCUAUGAUUAACCUUUCAGCCAUGAUUGCAGGCUUAUCAACUUUCCUGGCCAAAUUCCUGGAGCAGCAGUUUUAUCUCACAGCAUCUGUGGCCAACAUGAUCCUAGGAGCUGUCAACAUCCCAGGGGCCAUGGUGGGAAUCAUCCUUGGGGGCGCCAUCAUGAAGAACUGCCAGCUCUCUCUCAGGCAGGCCACCAUGAUGUGCAUCACCAGCAUGGGCUUCUGCAUCACCUUCGGGGUGCCCCUUCUCUUCCUGGGCUGCCCCACACAGGAGGUUGCAGGGCUCGACUACUCCGGAAGUUCUGGACCUUGGCAGCUAAUUACCGACUGCAACCGGAAGUGCAACUGUUCUGCCUCCUUUUUUAACCCUGUAUGUGGGCAAGAUAAUGUGGAAUACAUCUCCCCUUGCUUUGCCGGAUGCACAAAAGUAAACAUCAACACUAAAACAAACAGAGUUGUGAAUUAUACUGGAUGCAACUGCAUCAUCGUCAAUGGCGCCAUCGGGUACGCUGAGCCUGGCAAUUGUGGUGCUUCGUGUUCCCACUUCCUGAUGCCGUUCGUUAUGUUUGCUGCAAUAGCUGGAUUCUUGGCCAGCCUCUCACACACUCCAUCCUUUGUGCUUAUUCUCAGGAACGUCAGGCCCGAAGACAAGUCAUUUGCCAUUGGGAUACAGUUUCUGCUCUUAAGAGUUUUGGCCUGGCUGCCAGCCCCAGUGAUCUACGGCAGCGCCAUCGACACAACAUGCCUCCUGUGGAAAAUUAAGUGUCAGAGCAGAACAGGCUGCCGAUACUACAACCACACAAGGUUCCGGAGAUGGUUUGUUGGCAUUCAACUUUUCUUUGAGACGUGUUGCUUUCUGUCCUUCUGCAUUUUGUACUUCCUCCUCGCUCAAAAGGAGAAAGAAGACCGCCCAGAGGAAGACAGCCGGGCCACUUCGCCGGCGUCUGUCAAGGAAUCUUAA